AGUGUUACCGGAAACAAAACACAAGCUGAGGUGUUCUUAAAUGUAUUCACUUGUCAUUUGUCAUUAAAAUACUACAUAUCUUCGAGUGACGUCAAACAGUACUCAAGGAUGAAUGUGAACCAGGGCCAGGGGACAGUGGGGAGCGACCCAGUGAUUCUGGCCACCGCUGGAUAUGACCACACAGUGCGGUUCUGGCAGGCCCACAGCGGCAUCUGUACCAGGACUGUCCAGCACCAGGACUCCCAGGUGAACUCCCUUGAAGUAACUCCUGACAGAAGUAUGAUUGCAGCUGCAGGUUAUCAACACAUUCGUAUGUAUGAUUUAAACUCUAACAACCCAAACCCGGUAAUAAACUAUGAUGGCGUCAGUAAGAACAUCACAUCAGUGGGCUUCCAUGAGGACGGACGCUGGAUGUACACAGGAGGAGAGGACUGCAUGGCUCGUAUCUGGGACCUGAGGUCGCGGAACCUGCAGUGCCAAAGGAUCUUUCAGGUCAAUGCGCCCAUCAACUGUGUGUGUCUUCAUCCCAACCAGGCUGAAUUGAUCGUGGGAGACCAGAGUGGUGUGAUCCAUAUCUGGGAUUUGAAGACGGACCACAACGAGCAGCUCAUUCCUGAACCAGAUGUUUCCAUUAACUCGGUCCACAUCGACCCUGACGCCAGCUACAUGGCCGCAGUCAACAGCUCAGGAAACUGUUACGUGUGGAACCUGGCUGGAGGGAUGGGUGAUGAGGUCACACAGCUUAUCCCCAAAACCAAGAUUCCCGCUCAUAAGCGCUACUCCCUCCGCUGCAAAUUCAGCCCUGAUUCCACGCUGUUGGCGACCUGCUCGGCGGACCAGACGUGUAAGAUCUGGAGGACGUCUAACUUCUCUUUGAUGACGGAACUGAGCAUUAAGAGCAACAACCCUGGAGAGACGUCCCGGGGAUGGAUGUGGGACUGCGCCUUCUCUGGGGACUCCCAGUACAUCGUCACUGCCUCCUCUGACAACCUGGCACGACUGUGGUGUGUGGAGACUGGUGAGAUCAAGAGGGAAUACAGCGGUCAUCAAAAGGCAGUGGUGUGUCUGGCCUUCAACGAUAGCGUGCUGGGCUAAGCAGACGACAGCAGUGGAUCACAAGAAGCUACACUAUUCUGUGACUGUAUAGAAACCUCCACACACCUGCCUGUCUCUGUCUCACAACGUCUGCUUCACGAAAGCUUAUUAAGAUUAGGAGCAGACUUAUUAGGAGCAGAAAGAGGGGACAGGCUGUAUCGUAUUUCCCAGAAGGAUCCCAACACAGGUUUCCUGGCCAGGGAACAAAAUGGGCCACAGCUGUAAUGAAUUUCAAUCAAAGGUGAAAUGUCAAAGUGAGAUCUUUAAUAUAGUCUGAUGAAUAACCAUAAAGGACUGUGUCCCAGGUGUGACUGACUGUAAAGCAUCUGAUGGAUUCCAAUAAAGACUUUCUGGUCUAAC